GUAGUUGUCCUUAUUGGAGACUCUGGAGUAGGCAAGAGUAACCUUCUGUCUCGGUUCACCCGCAAUGAGUUUAACUUGGAAAGCAAAAGCACCAUUGGAGUAGAGUUCGCAACAAGAAGCAUCCAAGUUGAUGGGAAGACAAUAAAGGCUCAGAUAUGGGACACAGCAGGGCAGGAGCGAUACCGAGCUAUAACGUCAGCGUACUAUCGUGGAGCUGUAGGGGCAUUAUUGGUGUAUGACAUCGCUAAGCACCUUACUUACGAGAACGUAGAGCGAUGGUUGAAAGAGCUGAGAGACCAUGCUGACAGCAAUAUUGUAAUCAUGCUUGUGGGAAACAAGAGCGACUUGCGCCACCUCAGAGCAGUCCCUACAGAUGAGGCCAGAGCUUUUGCAGAGAAGAAUGGUUUGUCAUUUAUCGAGACAUCUGCUUUAGACUCCACAAAUGUGGAAGCAGCUUUCCAGACUAUUCUGACAGAGAUCUAUCGUAUUGUUUCCCAGAAGCAAAUGUCUGACAGACGUGAAAACGAUAUGUCUCCAAGCAACAACGUGGUUCCCAUUCAUGUCCCUCCAACCACCGAAAACAAACCAAAGAUGCAGUGCUGUCAGAAUAUAUAGAAUUGUUCAUUCUUUCCUAAAAGGCUGUGUAUAUUCCCCAGGUCCAAGAUUUAAAUAUAUUUGUAAUUCUUGUGCUUACUUUCUUGUGUUUAGUUACUGCUUAUUCCUUCUGAAUUUCUCCAUGUCUUAAACACUUUGAUUUCAGUGUUUCUAAAUCUAUUGCUUCUGUGUGGCUGCAGUAUUUUCCCAACACUGACUUGUUGGUUUUGGUUCAGGAAAUUGUUUGGAACUGAUCUGAUCUCUUUCCAACAUGACGCUCGCUAGUCAGAGCACAGACACCUGUAGUGAGCACUGGAAGGUGUUAUUCUGCUCCUCGCAGAACAAUUACUGUCAGGUUAGCUAGGAAAAUAUCUCUGGGCAGGAUAACCUUUCCCUGUCUGAAGGUGUUGAAUGCUGCAUCUAAAGCUUGAGGAAAUGCCGCUGCUCUAAAGUGCAAUUUUAAUGUAACUUAAUGUUUUUGGCUACAUCUUCAGAUUGUCAAGUAGAGAAUUUUUUCAUAGAAUAUUAUGGGGGAGAAAAGAGAAUUUCUGGCGAACAAGCAGCAGGGUUCUUGCUACCUGUGAGGCAGCUUGUGUGGUUUGGCCCCUGCUGCAGAGGGGGUGGUGAGGGGAGGCAGAGCUGCGGGGAGGCUGGCCGGGGACUCCCUCCGCUGUGCCUCUUGCGCACGAGCUGCGUGACUGCUGAAGGGCCGCUCCAACCCUGGAACUUCCAGCGUGUUUUGUGCUGCCCCAGACUUGGCCUCCACAGUGCUGGUGGUAUCAGGAGUUGAGGAUGCCUUCUUUCUUUCAUGGAACACAGACUUGAAGAGCGUUGUCACGUAUUACUUACCACUUUUAUUAAUACAUGGCACAUCUGUUAAUAGAGUCAAAUGUUUGAGCUGGUGAAUCAAUAACUUCCACAACUGGUCUUAGUUGUCAGUUGUUUCAUCCGGUAUUUUUAAACUACUCCAGUGGUUUGGUAUAUGUUCUUUAACAAAAACAGCUGGAGUAGUUUUCCUACUGGAUGUGUUCCUUCUGUGGUCUGUCACUCGGUACAAAUGACCUGUUCGAUUCGCUUGUUCAGGGAUCCAUGGACUGUGCCUUCUGUCUCUGCACUUGAAACCCCUGCGCACCACUCAGUACGUGCUAUUCCCAAACAUGCCGCUAACACCGAGGUUUGGGGGCUAGAGACACAGAAUUCCUACACUAUUUAAAAGAACUGUUUGUUGUAUAAAUGCCUGCGGUUAUUUAUACAAUUACAGGGAAGUAAUUGAUUGUAGUGGAUGUUUCUCAAACUCUGAUAUGACCCACUUGGAACAUCCAGGUCUGGGUAGGCACUACCAGCUGCAUUUCGUACCCAACCUUUCUGUCUUGCGGUGCUCAUGAUGUGUAAGGCACACAGAAGGCAUUGCUGUAGUCGGUCACUUUGGUUUUUGUUUUUUUUAUCCAUUUCUCCUCCUAGUUCUGAAGAUGCUGUUCUGAUCUGUUUGUAAAUUACUUUGUAUUUUAUGCAUGUACUGUACUUUGAUUCAUUAUUUUUUUAGAUUGAUUUAAAAUAUAUUCAUCCAUAAUUCUAAUAAAGAAUUACAGGGGACGACUCA